AUGAUGACCCCUGGAUAUCGUGAAGGAGGCAAGACGCCUGUACAAGGUUCAAUGACGCCAAACUACGAAGUUGGCAACCGUACACCUCAUUUUGGAAGCACAACUCCAUCACAUGAUGGUUCGAAAACACCUACACAAGCUUGGGAUCCAGCUGCUGGAUACACUCCUGCUAGAGUGACCGAUAAUGAUUUAGAAUAUCCCAUGGAUCCUGGUACUCCCUAUGCACAGACUCCAAAUACAUUAUAUGGUUCUUCUGAUCAUUCUUAUUCGCCAUAUCAAGCAAUAUCACCAUCUGGAGGUGGAGGAUAUAACAGUAAGUUAUAUAAAUAUUAAAUAUUAGUUGAACUCAACAUUUAGUAGCCAAACCAAACUUUAUUAACUCAAACUUAAAAUAUUUUUGUGUAUUGAUUCUCUGUCAGUCAACGAUUUCACUUAAAUUGGGUGAUUCUUUUGUUAUUUAUUUAAGCUCUAUACCCAAUUAAAUGUACUAUUUUACAAUAUAACAAAAAUAAACAGCGUACAAUUAAAUAUAAACAUACUAAGAAAAUUCCAAAAAAAGACCUAGGUAGAAUCAUUAAGAGUAUUUUUAAUUUUCAAAUAGGAACUUCUAUUUUUUAACAUAGAUUUAAAAAAAUAAUAUUAUUUUAGAUUUAGUGAUAUUUAUAAAGCUAAACACACUAGUAUACAAUUUACGGUAGUUCAGAAAAACGAACAUUUGGUUUUCGAAUAGUUUGCCUGAGUUUGGUUCGGUUAAAAAUUUAGUUAAUUGAGUUCAAUCUAUGAGACAUCUUUAAUUAAUCUCUAAUAAUACAUUUUUAUUUUUUAUUAUUACAUCAUUGCAGGUAGUAAUUCAUACAUCAAUACUCCAAGUCCAAUAAAUACUGCUAGCCCUCGCAGUAUACAGUAUCAUCCAGCUCCCUCACCAUCAGGUUCAUAUGCAAGUUUAAUGACUCCAUCUUCUGUAUCUUCUCCAGGACUUGCCGCUCCAUCACUAACAUCAUUUGGUAAAUAAACAUUUUGAAAAAUUAUUGAUUGUUUUCUAGUUAAUUUCUGUAAGUAUUAUUAAUAAAUAAUAAUAAAUGGUUAACAGGUUUACCACCAGGAUGGCAAACGACAGAUAUUUUUGUUCGAAUUGCUGAUUCAGAUUUAGCUGGACAAAGCGGAAUUAUUAGAGAUGUUAAUGAAGCAACCUGUAGUGUUUAUUUGCCUGAAGAAGAACGCGUAGUAACAAUUGAAAAUCAUAAUUUGGAACCAAUAAUGCCCAAACCCAAUGAUUAUGUGAAAGUUCUAUAUGGCUCAUACAGAGACAGGACAGGUGAUAUGUUGGCAAUUGAAGGUAGCGAGGGUGUUGUUCUAAUGCCAGAUGAUAAAAAUCCCAUACUUAUUCCUCUAUUGCAUUUGUGUAGAGCAACUUCAUUAAAUUAA